GAUCAUGAGAAGUAGUCACAAAAUAAUUGAAACAUUAAAAGCUGAUGAGAAGAGAUUUGAAGUUUUCUCCUCCCUCUCUCUCUCUCUCUCUCUCUCUCUCUCUCGGAGAUCCAUGGCUGCCAAUUUCUGGAAUUCGUCUCACUACAAGCAGCUUCUGGAACAAGAAGAAGUAGAUGUAGUUCAUCCUCUCGACAAAGAGCGUGGAAUUUCCGUUGAGGAUUUCAAGCUCAUCAAGUUCCAUAUGUCUACUCAUAUGAUCAAAUUGGCUCAGCACAUUAAAGUCAGGCAAAGGGUUGUGGCUACCGCAAUUACCUACAUGAGACGGGUUUAUACCAGGAAGAGCAUGGUAGAGUUUGAGCCCCGUCUUGUUGCACUUGCAUGCAUGUACUUGGCAUCUAAAGCUGAAGAAAGCAUAGUUCAGGCCAGGAGUGUCAUUUUUUGCAUCAGAAAAUUGUAUCCGGAUGAGUAUAAAUAUGAACUAAAAGAUGUAUUAGGAAUGGAGAUGAAGGUCUUGGAAGCUCUCAACUUUUAUCUUGUUGUGUUUCACCCUUACCGCUCUUUAUCCGAGUUCUUGCAAGAUGCUGCAAUAAACGAUGUAAAUAUGAACCAGAUUACAUGGAUUCUUCUUUUUGUGUGUUUCAGGGGAAUCGUAAACGAUACUUAUAAGAUGGACCUCAUUCUUGUACACCCUCCCUACCGCAUAGCACUAGCCUGCAUAUACAUAGCAAGUGUCCACAGAGAGAAAGACAUCACUGCAUGGUUUGAAGAUCUUCAUGAGGACAUGAACUUGGUGAAGAACAUUGCCAUGGAGAUUCUGGACUUCUACGAAAACUACAGAUCAAUCACCGAGGAGAAAGUGAACUCCGCGUUCAGCAAAUUGGCAUUGAAGCCCUAGUAGUAGCAAGCCAGGGAUCUUCUCCAUCUCUAAGCUUAAUCUAAUGUUCUCUCUCACAAAACAAAACAAAAAAGAUAGAGACUUCCUCUGUUGCCACCAUCUUUACUUUUGUGGCAGACAUGUAACAUUGUUGUUCAUAGGAUACAAUACAACCAAGCAUAUAUACUGUUAAACUAUUAAAACAGAAGUGGUAACUCAAUGUGUAAGAUCAAACUUUAAAAAUCAAAUCUUUUACAACAUCUA